AUGGGAGUCAACCAACUCGCAGUGAGGGCCGUUGCUCUCCUCUCGCUUGCUCACCAUGCCGCGGCGUCCAUGGUUGGGCAGCGUCACUAUCUCGCUAAGCGCGACCGUGAGCCCAACAUGCCAUACGAUUUCAAUACUAUCAAGACUUGUACAUGGUGGUACGACAAUUAUGAGGGCUUCAGCUGCCAGGAUAUCCGCGACUUGCGCUAUGCCAUCAGCCCAGAGGACUUUACCCGCUGGAACCCUUCCGUGACACUUGAUUGUGGCAACUGGCAGGAGCUCUCCUACUGUAUUCAGGUCAGAAGUGAGAUGAAGACGGUCACUUCCAACUCGGCUUCAACAAUCUCCACCACCAGAGUCGCCCCAAGCUCUACCCCGACGGCGCCAGCCCUGCUCGGGUGGACUUCGUUGGGCUGCUACACGGCCAACCGAACUUUGAAGUCGCCCUCAACGGCGGUAGAUGUUAGCCUGCUCACGGUAGAGUCGUGUGGGGCAGCCUGUUACGCCGAUGGCUUGGAGUAUGCCGGCCUCCAGGCUGGCAAAGAGUGCUGGUGUAACGAUUACGUGGGUAACGCUUGGGCGCCUAAUCAAGAUGCCUGCAAUAUUCCUUGUCCCGGUGACGCCUCGCAAACGUGCGGCGGUGCUAAUGUCAUCAACUUCUUCGAGGCCAAGCUCGACGACACCCUGCCACCCGGCCCCAUCCCCAGCGACGAGCCAACCGGCCCUAUCGCGUCCACAACAACUACCUCCGCCUCCGCGACCAAAACCACGUUCCCUGCCGCGAGCGCCACUCCCUCGUGGCAGGCUGUCGGCUGCUACAAGGACUUGUACCCGUCCAGCGACCACACGCUCAAGAACUGGGGGGGUAUGAACUACGACACCAUGACUGUCGCAGGGUGCCAUGCCACGUGCGCGAAGGGCGGUUACCUUUUCGCUGGCGUCGAGAACGGCGAGGAGUGCUGGUGUGGCAACGAGGUCAGCUCACCCGAGAUCAACGUCCCCGUCGCGGAGAAUGACUGCAACAAGCCGUGCACCGGCGAUGGCGGGCAGACCUGCGGCGCCGGAUCCCGCAUCUACAUGUACAAGUACAUCGUGCCAUCCGUGCCGUGGAUCUCGCUGGGCUGCUACGGCGAGGGAAACCCCCGGAUCCUGCGCUACGAUGUCCAGGUUCCGGGAUCGUCCGCAACGAACAACACGCGCCAGGGCUGUGUCGACACGUGCGACCGAGCCGGUUACGUCUAUGCUGGUGUACAGUUCGGGGCGGAAUGCUACUGCGACAACAUUAUCCACGAGCCAGGGAAGCUGGCCCCGGACGGUGCUGCUGGGUGGUACUAA